AUGAAAGCUGCAACUUCGCUUGGAUAUCAAAUAAUAUCUUGUUCGAGCGAAGAUUCGACGCAUCCGAUAUCUUCGAUCAUCAAUUCAUCAAUUAAUUCGACCGGAUGGCAGACAUCUCCAAACCCUCGUUAUCCAGUUGAAUUUGUUGUUGAUCUUACAACGGUUGUUGAACUCGAAACGCUACAGUUUGUUAGCCAUCAGUUCAAAAUAGCUAAUCGCGUCGAUCUUUACGUCGCAAAAUCAGACAAAGAUUUUAAAGCAUUAGGAUCUUUCAAUUUUUCAAACAAUGCACACUCAAAUUACACAUCUCGCGAAUUAAAGAGCGCAACACUUAAUGGAAUUAAAGCACAAUUCAUCAAAAUCGUUAUUCCAGGCUGCCAUGCAAAUCCAAAUAACCCAACUAAUCAAGUUGGCAUCGUAUCUUUCAAUGUACUCGGCCGUGGUGGCGUACCUAAGUCUUCUGUUCCUAAAUCUAUGGGAUCAAAUGGCUUAGAUGGUGAUUCAUCCGACAUUCUCGAGCAACUUGAACGUCAAAAGCGCGAAGCUGUCGAAAAAGAAGAUUUCAAACGUGCUGAAGUACUGAAAAAGCAAAUUGAGCGUCUUAGACGCGCUUAUGAUCAAGUUGUUGUUCUUCAACAGCAAAAGAAAGAUGCAAUUGCUCGUGAAGACUUCGUAACAGCACAGAAGCUUAAAGCUGAAAUAGAUUACCUCUUAAAUGGCUCAGAUCCAACUCGCGAUCAAUCAAUGCAAAAUCAGCCACCACCAAGACAAAGUAUCAAUCAACAAUCAUUCCAGUAUCAAGACCAAUACCAAAACCCACCACAAAAUCGUACUUCCUUCAAUAUUCCUGAAGAUGAUUUGGAUGAACAGCCAAUACAAGAGCGCAGACGUCAAUUACCACAGAAAACACAAAAAUUACCACCUAAACCAGCUCCAGAACCAGAAGAACCGCCGCCACGCCGUCAAUCUCGUCCUCUGGAAGACGAAAUUCCUCCAGCCGUCCAAAGAAACUUCGGAGAGGACAGAAGACCAAAGAAUGUUGAUAUCGCAGCAUUCGAAGCUAACGCACAAGAAGAUGAGCCUCCAAGAAGAAAUCGUCAUCAAAUUGAAGGCGCAAAUCCAGAUGAAAGGCCAAUACACCCAUCAAAGGAAGCUGGUGCAUCCAAUCCUUCACCAAGCGGUGGUGGAGGAGGUGGCGGAGGCCGAGAUCUCCAAAAAGAACCAGAUGAGCUAAGUGGAACCAAUAAAUCCGAAGCCGGCUGCUUAGUUGACAUUGUUUCCGAACGCUUAGUUGCCUGCUUCUUCAGUAGGGCGUGGAACUUGAAGAUCGACGGAAUUAAAGAAAUCGCUAACAGAUUAGUUGGCGAUAAAACGUUAUCUGCCAGCCAGAAAGGCGAUGCCUUCUACAGAUACUGCUAUAUCAUGAGACACAGAGUUGUAGAAGACCACAAAGCCGUUUUUUCAGCCUCAUUAGAAGGAAUUAAACUUCUUGGUGAGAAAUUAGGAGUUUCUCAGAGUGAUUUCAGUCGUGGCAUGCAACAAGUUGUUCCCCCUCUCCAACCAAAGAUCGGCUGUUCCCAACAGAUUUUGUCCAAACAGACAUGCAAGUUUUUGAGAUGGGUUGUAUCGAAAGGGUGCGCCGAUUGUGUCAUUCCGAUGCUGAUAAAGAGUUCCUCAAAGCCUCAGCAGUGGAAAGCACCUCUCGCGCAAUUAUCUACCCUCCACAAAAUCGUCUUAGCAAAGGAAGGAGAUUAUGCAAGUUUAGGUUUGUCUUUGGACCAAAUUAUGAAUUUUAUCGUUCCAAAUUUGGAGAGUGCCGCAAAGGAAGUGAGAGAUGCUGCCAUAGAGUUUGUUGUUACUAUGAACAUAUUGGUUGGAACAGCUGUUGAAAGAUUCAUGGAGAAAGUUAAUCCAAGAAUUAGAAAGGAGAUUGACGAAAAGAUUAAGGCAAAUCAGGAAGCUGAGUAA